CCAGGGAGCGCGCCCGCGCUCCGCCUGUCUUGUAUCUGCGUGGGCGGCUAGGCGGGCAACGACGUCCUCGCGGGACCCGGGCAGGGACGGUGCGCGGGGUUUUCUUUCUCCCCUCCCCUUAUUGCUCGACCAAGUGCCAAGCCUUGGGCAGCCCCCCCCCCCGCGAUCCCGAACAGCCUUUUGCGCUGACAUGGCGCUCUUUUGACCCGGACUUCGCCGCCGCCACGGUUGCUUGGCUUCUCCUUCCUUUUCUCUCCCACCGCGCUGGUCUCUCCGAUCUUUCCUUCCCUGGACUGAAAGUUCUCGGGCAUAAUCCCAUUCCCGAGUGUAAGCUCUCAGAAUGGCAGAUGAGAAUUCUUACCUCUUGGGAAUGGGCGAUCAUCAGGUAUAUGCAAUGGAACAUUACCCCUUGGGGAUGAAUCAGCUGUACAAUAACGCAAGCAUGAUUUCAACGGAUCUGCCACUUCGCCCAACUGAUGGGCCAUAUCUUCAAAUAGUUGAACAACCUAAACAGAGGGGCUUUCGUUUCCGCUAUGUUUGUGAAGGACCAUCCCAUGGUGGACUUCCUGGAGCUUCUAGUGAAAAGAACAAGAAGUCUUACCCACAAGUUAAAAUCUGCAAUUAUGCUGGACCUGCAAAAGUAAUAGUGCAGUUAGUCACAAAUGGAAAACAUGUCCACUUGCACGCUCACAGCUUGGUAGGAAAACACUGUGAGCAGGGAGUUUGCACAGUAAAUGCAGGACCAAAGGACAUGGUAGUAGGAUUUCCAAACCUGGGAAUAUUACAUGUUACAAAGAAAAAAGUAUUAGACACACUGGAAAUGCGCAUGAUUGAUGCAUGUAAAAAAGGGUACAAUCCAGGACUCCUCGUUCACCCCGAUCUCAAUUAUAUACAAGUGGAAGGUGGAGAGGAGAGGCAGCUAACAGAACGAGAACGAGAUAUCAUUCGUCAGGCAGCACAUCAGCAGACUAAGGAGAUGGAUCUCAGCGUUGUACGUCUCAUGUUCACUGCAUUCCUUCCUGAUAGCACUGGUAGCUUUACAAGGAGACUUCAGCCUGUCUUGUCUGACCCUAUAUAUGACAGCAAAGCUCCAAAUGCAUCCAAUUUAAAAAUUGUACGGAUGGAUCGGACUGCAGGCUGUGUAACAGGGGGAGAAGAAGUUUACCUACUUUGUGACAAAGUCCAAAAGGAUGAUAUUCAAAUCCGUUUUUAUGAAGAAGAUGAAAGUGGUGGUGUCUGGGAAGGUUUUGGAGACUUUUCACCUACUGAUGUGCACAGACAGUUUGCAAUAGUAUUCAAAACACCGAAGUAUCGAGAUGUCAACAUCACAAAAGCAGCAUCUGUAUUUGUUCAAUUACGGCGAAAAUCAGAUCUAGAGACCAGUGAACCAAAACCUUUUCUGUACUAUCCUGAAAUCAAAGAUAAAGAAGAAGUGCUAAGGAAACGACAGAAACUCAUGCCGAACUUCUCCGAUAGUUUUGGCGGAAGUGGCGCAGGUGCUGCAGGAGGUGGGAUGUAUGGUGGAGUCGGAGGAGGAGGAGGUGGCAGCAGUGCUGGAUCAGGAUAUGGGUACCCACCAUAUGGGUUUUCCAGUUACGGUGCAAUGCAUUUCCAUUCCAGCACAAACAAAAGUGGUGCAGGAAUGAAACACGGAGUCUCAAAUGGCAUGCCCAAAAGAGAGAAUCAAAUGUGCUGUGACAAAAAACACAAUGAGAAAUUAAAAGAAAAAGUAGACAUUGAAGAUAAAAGCAAAACCAGCACUGGCUCGGUUUCUGAAAGGGAAGAAGAUACUAGUGCCAACAUUCAUUUACAAGAUGCCUUCUUUUUGGAAAAAGCCAUGGAACUUGCUAAGCGACACGCUAAUGCUCUUUUUGACUAUGCAGUCACAGGAGAUGUAAAGAUGCUUCUGGCAGUACAGCGCCCCCUGACAACCAUUCAGGAUGAAAAUGGGGAUAAUGUCCUCCACUUGGCAAUUAUUCACCUUCAUAUGGAACUGGUGAAGAACCUUUUAGAAGUAAUAGCAAAUAUGAAUGCUGCUGCUGUUCUCAAUGUGAGAAAUGACCUUUACCAGACUCCUUUACACUUGGCUGUUAUAACAAGGCAGGCGGGAAUUGUGAGAGCCUUGCUUGGGGCUGGGGCUGACGUGAACCUCUUGGACCGCCAUGGGAACUCUGUCUUCCAUUUGGCAGCUCAGCAAGGAGAUGAGGUGGCCUUAAGUAUGUUGCUUCAACAUAAAGAGGCAUCUGUGAUGAGAGACCUUCCCAAUGGGGAUGGUCUGACAAUCCUUCACCUAGCUGUUAUAGCAAACAGUAUGCCGUGUCUCAGACUACUUCUUGCUGCUGGUGUUGAUGUCAAUAUCCAGGAACAGAAAUCUGGAAGGACAGCUUUGCACCUGGCUAUUGAACAAGGAAAUAUUUCCAUGGCAGGUUGCCUUCUACUUGAGGGAGAUGCAUUUGUGGACAGCGUUACUUAUGAUGGAACCACCCCACUUCAUAUAGCAGCUGGAAGGGGAUCUACAAAAUUGGCAGCCCUUCUCAAAGCAGCAGGUGCAGAUCCCCACAUUGAAAACUUCGAGCCGUUGUUUGAAGAGGAAGAUAUAAAAGAUAAUGAAAGUGAAAAAAUUAUACCUGGGACAACUCCUCUGGAUAUGGCAACCAGCUGGGAGGUGUAUGACAUCUUGAGUAGCAAACUUUGUAAGUCAAAGGCAGCUUCUGAGCAUCUUCUGAUUCAAGGCAAUAUGAAAGACCUGAAUGAGGAUGUUAAAUUACAGCUGUACAAAUUACUUGAAGUUCCUGAUCUGACCAAAAGCUGGUCCAUGUUGGCACAAAAGCUCGGGCUAGGGAUAUUAAACAAUGCCUUUCGGUUGAGUCCUUCUCCAUCAAAAACUCUACUGGAUAAUUAUGAGGUUUCUGGUGGAACAGUAAAAGAGUUGAUUGAUGCCCUCAGAGAAAUGGAUUAUCCAGAGGCUGUUGAAAUUAUUGAGAAAAGAAUUACUUCAUCAAGACAGUCAAACCAGGAGAAAACCAAAAAUGAUGUUCUUCCAUUAUGUGAUUUACCUUCUCCUAGGACAGAACAAGCAGAUGAAAUAUGUAAUUUCAAAUUCCAGGAUACUGAAAGCAUUUGUGACAGUGGAGUAGAGAUUUCGCUUCACAAACUUAGUUUUACAUAUUCUGAAUCUUUUACCAACAAGACAUCCAUAAAUCUUAAGAAAAAGGCUUCAGGCUAUGGACAGGACAACUCGUUACAAGGCAAAAUUGAAGUAACUUAAAUAUGGUAUUGCUAUGAAUUUUUUUUCCAGAGAAAUUAGAGCUUUUAAAGAGCCAAAGUUCACCAGAAGAAAAAGCUCUUUGAAAUGUUUAUCCACUGGACCUUU